CUAUUACUAAAUAUAUAAAAGAUGCAUACCACUUUUUUAAAAAAUCAGUUCGCAACUGACUUUAAGUAAAUAGGGACAUGUGCUGAGAGUCCAAACUAAGCAAACUAGGUAGCAGUAACAUUUUUUUUCUUUUGAAGAAGCCAAGAUAAUUCAAUUUUGUGAUUGUAAAUGGUUUUCUUUUUAAACUGAGAUACUUUAGAUUAAAAAAAAAAACAGCCCCCCCCCGCCCCCAUUGCUGUGGGUAUUUGGAUGCUACAGAACAAAUGACUAAUUCCUUCCUUGAAUAUAGUAGGUGUUGGGGGAGGGGGGAUAGGGUAAGCAAGGGGUUUGGUGGGGGGUUUUAUGUUCUUGGGUUGUAUUCUUUAACUUUCCGUUUUGUUUAUCUUAAUGUAAGACUUAUUUCUCUUGCGAGAGGCUGUCUUCUUUUUAGUUAUAAAAGAAAGGGGGGGGGGUGGAAUUGGCACACACUACCUCGGUAUCCACCACCCUGUCAUUAUUGGUUCAAGCCUGGGAAUUCAAGUCGGACCUCCCAGUAUUUGCUACAGCUUGAGGCCAAGGUGCCUCUGAAUAGAUUUUCUUUUUAGGAGUUUCAGAAAUUGUUCAAGCGCUUUAAAAAAAAUAUUACUUUUUGUACAUCGCGAAGUGUAUGUGUGUGCAAAAAAAAAGUCUCAUAAAAAGAAGACACUCUUUUGAAAAAGCAAAAGAAGGGGGGAGCAUUCCUUAAUGGAAGUAUUGCAUGCAAGAAGGUUGGAGCUCUUUAAGGCUCCCCUUGAAGCUGGGGAUGCACACACUAGGGUUGCCUGCCUGGGUGGUCUCUCUACUUUGGUGAGCUGUUGCUAAGCAGCUAAUAAUAGUCAUGUUUGCUGAGUAAUUUCUGCCCUCCUUGAGCCAAUCGCAUCGCAGAAAUCCUAGCCAUCUGACAGCCCCAGGGGCGGGAGCUCCAGCCUUUUUCUCUCUCGCUGGCUCUCUCCCCCUCCACCCCCUCCCCUCCUCCUCCUCUUUCUCCAAAUGGAGAGAGUUCUUUUUUUUCUUCUUCCAUCUCAUCUAUUGAAUCAAGGAGCUGCUGCUGCUUGCUGCACACACACAGACUGGAGUCCCAAAGUCCCGGGAGUCAGAGACCAGCGCUGCACUGAAACAGAAUGGUACAGCGAGCCCGCAAGGAGCAGAAGCCAGAGCCAGAGUCGAAGGAGCAAUCCCAGCAGCAGCCUCCGCCUCCAGCAGCAGCACCAGCAAGAGCAGGAGCAGCAACUCCCCAGCAGCACUGAGAAGAGCAAAGGAAGCUCGGAUUCUGCCGUGGCUUUUCGCUUUCUUCCCGGAGAACCGACUCAAGAAAAGGAGCCAAGGAAGAAAGCCCCGGUGUUGGGAUCUCUGUGGGUUUCCUCUCAUUUUCACAAGUAAAAGGGUCUGGAAAAGGGGGCAGACAAGGAGUGGACGAGGUGGUGGUGGGGAUUGUUUGGUGGUGGUGAAGGAGACACCGGGGGGAGGGGGGGCAAGCAGGAAAGAGAGAGGCUCGCCCCCCGUGCGCGCACACACACAUACGGAGCCCCUCUCACCCUCUUCACGAACUGGAUGUGGGAAGCGGCCGCAGCAGAGAACUCCGGAUCACCACGAAAUGUUGCAAUGGAAGGCACAGGUCCUGACUCUUCUCCAACAGCAGCAGCAGCAGCAGCAGCAGCAGCCCCCGCGGUAUGAGGAGGUCUGUCAGCGGCAGCAACAACCACAGCAAAAGCCGGAGCCACCCGCAGAAAGAAGCGAUCUCCGGAGCCUACUCCCCGGCAUCACCAGCCAGCUCCAGCAGCGCGUCGUGGUGGUGGUGGUGGGGGGGGAACCGAGACAAGCCAGCCCGCCUGAUGCGGGAGCAGCAAGGGCAGCUCAGUCACCGCGGCGGCGGCGGCGGAGGCAACAUGGCCUCAGCUGUUAACAUUGCGGAGCCUGAGAGCGGCGGCGGCGGCAGCGGAGGCUGCAGCAGAGACCCCGAUCUGCCGGGGGAAAACGGCAGCAGGAGGCGGAGAAGGACCGGGGGGAACCGACGCGCCGGGGCACCAGACCUGGAAUAUCUGCAGCGGCCGAGUUACUGCGAUGCGGCUUUCGCGUUGGAGCAGAUUUCUAAGGGGAAGGCUACCGGCAGGAAAGCGCCGCUGUGGCUGAGAGCGAAGUUUCAGAGACUAUUAUUUAAAUUGGGUUGUUACAUUCAAAAAAACUGUGGCAAGUUUUUGGUUGUGGGCCUCCUUAUAUUUGGGGCUUUCGCUGUAGGAUUAAAGGCAGCUAAUCUUGAAACCAACGUGGAAGAGCUUUGGGUAGAAGUUGGUGGACGAGUAAGCCGGGAGUUAAAUUAUACGCGUCAGAAGAUUGGGGAAGAGUCUAUGUUUAAUCCUCAGCUCAUGAUCCAGACACCGCAAGAAGACGGUGCCAAUGUACUUACAGUAGAGGCACUCAGACAGCACCUUGACUCUGCAUUACAGGCCAGCAGGGUACAUGUAUAUAUGUAUAACAGGCAGUGGAAAUUGGAACACUUAUGUUACAAAUCAGGAGAACUUAUUACAGAAACAGGUUAUAUGGAUCAGAUAAUAGAAUACCUUUAUCCUUGUUUAAUCAUCACACCUUUGGACUGCUUCUGGGAAGGGGCAAAGUUACAAUCAGGGACAGCAUAUCUACUAGGUAAACCUCCUUUGCAAUGGACAAACUUUGACCCCUUGGAAUUCCUGGAAGAGUUAAAGAAAAUAAACUAUCAAGUGGACAGCUGGGAGGAAAUGCUGAAUAAAGCAGAGGUUGGUCAUGGUUAUAUGGAUCGACCCUGCCUCAAUCCUGCUGAUCCCGACUGUCCAGUUACAGCCCCAAACAAAAAUUCAACCAGACCUCUUGAUGUGGCCCUUGUUUUGAAUGGUGGAUGUCAUGGAUUAUCCAAAAAGUACAUGCAUUGGCAGGAGGAAUUGAUUGUGGGUGGUACAGUCAAGAACAGCACUGGAAAACUCGUCAGUGCUCAGGCUUUACAGACUAUGUUUCAACUAAUGACUCCCAAGCAAAUGUAUGAACACUUCAAGGGCUAUGAAUAUGUUUCCCAUAUCAAUUGGAACGAAGACAAGGCAGCAGCCAUUCUGGAGGCCUGGCAGAGAAUGUAUGUGGAGGUGGUUCAUCAGAGUGUUGCACAAAACUCUACCCAGAAGGUGCUUUCUUUUACUACGACGACUCUGGAUGACAUCCUGAAAUCCUUCUCAGAUGUCAGUGUCAUCCGAGUUGCUAGUGGCUACUUACUAAUGCUCGCCUAUGCCUGUUUAACUAUGCUUCGGUGGGACUGUGCCAAGUCCCAGGGUGCUGUGGGACUGGCUGGCGUCCUGUUGGUUGCACUGUCAGUAGCUGCAGGAUUGGGCCUGUGCUCAUUGAUUGGAAUUUCCUUUAAUGCUGCAACAACUCAGGUUUUGCCUUUUCUUGCUCUUGGAGUCGGUGUGGAUGAUGUUUUCCUCUUGGCACAUGCAUUCAGCGAAACAGGGCAGAAUAAAAGAAUCCCUUUUGAGGACAGAACAGGGGAAUGUUUGAAGAGAACUGGAGCCAGUGUGGCCCUCACCUCCAUCAGCAAUGUCACAGCCUUCUUUAUGGCAGCUUUAAUCCCUAUUCCUGCUCUUCGGGCAUUUUCACUUCAGGCUGCUAUAGUUGUGGUAUUCAAUUUUGCCAUGGUUCUGCUCAUUUUCCCUGCUAUUCUAAGCAUGGACCUCUACAGACGGGAGGACAGGAGGUUGGAUAUCUUCUGUUGUUUUACAAGUCCUUGUGUCAGCAGAGUGAUUCAAGUUGAACCUCAAGCCUACACAGAUACCAAUGACAACACCCGUUACAGCCCUCCCCCUCCAUACAGCAGCCACAGCUUCGCCCAUGAAACUCAGAUCACCAUGCAGUCAACAGUUCAGUUGCGGACUGAAUAUGACCCUCACACCCAGGUGUAUUACACCACUGCAGAACCCCGCUCAGAGAUUUCAGUACAGCCUGUCACCAUGACACAGGACAACCUCAGCUGUCACAGUCCCGAAAGCACAAGCUCAACCCGAGAUUUGCUCUCUCAGUUCUCAGAUUCGAACCUUCAUUGCCUGGAGCCUCCUUGCACUAAGUGGACCCUCUCCUCUUUUGCUGAGAAGCAUUAUGCGCCAUUCCUCUUGAAGCCCAAAGCCAAGGUUGUGGUUAUCUUCCUUUUCCUGGGCUUGUUAGGGGUCAGCCUUUAUGGAACCACUCGGGUGAGAGAUGGGCUGGAUCUCACGGACAUUGUGCCACGAGAAACCCGAGAGUAUGACUUUAUCGCGGCUCAGUUCAAAUACUUCUCCUUCUACAACAUGUAUAUAGUCACACAGAAAGCAGACUACCCAAACAUCCAGCACUUACUGUAUGACCUGCACAAAAGUUUCAGCAGUGUGAAGUAUGUCAUGUUGGAAGAAAACAAGCAGCUCCCUAAAAUGUGGUUACAUUACUUUCGAGAUUGGCUACAAGGACUACAGGAUGCAUUUGACAAUGACUGGGAAACUGGAAAGAUCAUGCAGAACAAUUAUAAGAAUGGAUCAGAUGAUGGAGUGCUGGCCUACAAACUCCUGGUGCAAACUGGCAGCCGAGAUAAGCCCAUUGACAUCAGCCAGUUGACUAAACAGCGUCUGGUGGAUGCAGAUGGUAUCAUUAACCCUAGUGCUUUUUAUAUCUACCUGACCGCUUGGGUCAGUAAUGACCCAGUUGCCUAUGCUGCCUCUCAGGCCAACAUUCGACCCCACCGUCCCGAAUGGGUCCAUGACAAAGCAGACUACAUGCCAGACACAAGACUGAGAAUUCCUCCAGCAGAGCCGAUCGAAUAUGCUCAAUUUCCUUUCUACCUCAAUGGGUUACGUGAUACUUCAGACUUUGUAGAAGCUAUUGAGAAAGUGAGAACAAUUUGCAAUAAUUACACAAGCCUGGGAGUCUCCAGCUACCCAAAUGGAUACCCAUUUCUCUUCUGGGAGCAGUAUAUUGGCCUUCGGCACUGGCUUCUCUUGUCCAUUAGUGUGGUCCUGGCCUGCACGUUUCUGGUGUGCGCAGUCUUCCUUCUGAACCCUUGGACGGCAGGGAUCAUUGUGAUGGUCCUGGCCUUAAUGACUGUGGAACUUUUUGGCAUGAUGGGCCUUAUUGGAAUCAAGCUGAGUGCUGUACCUGUGGUCAUCUUGAUUGCAUCUGUUGGCAUAGGAGUGGAAUUUACUGUUCAUGUUGCUUUGGCCUUUCUGACCGCCAUUGGAGAUAAAAAUCGAAGGGCUGUGCUUGCAUUGGAGCACAUGUUUGCACCAGUUCUAGAUGGGGCUGUGUCCACCCUGCUAGGGGUGUUGAUGCUCGCAGGAUCUGAAUUUGAUUUCAUUGUCAGGUAUUUCUUCGCAGUUCUGGCAAUCUUGACAAUCCUGGGUGUUCUGAAUGGAUUGGUAUUACUUCCGGUACUUUUGUCAUUCUUUGGACCCUAUCCUGAGGUUUCUCCAUCUAAUGGGUUAAACCGCCUACCCACUCCCUCUCCUGAACCACCUCCCAGCAUUGUCAGGUUUGCAGUGCCCCCAAGACACACCAACAAUGGAUCUGAUUCCUCAGAUUCGGAAUAUAGUUCUCAGACAACAGUGUCAGGCAUCAGUGAAGAGCUUUAUCAAUAUGAGACUCAGCAGAAUUCAUGUGCCCCAGCUCAUCAGGUCAUAGUGGAAGCCACUGAAAAUCCUGUCUUUGCCAGAUCCACUGUGGUUCAACCAGAGCCAAGACAUCAUCAUCCAUCAAGUCCAAGACAACAGCUCCACCUGGAUGCAGGACCCCAUCCACCGGGGCAUCCGGGCCAGCCGCCACAGCGGGACUCCAGGGAAGGGCUGCGGCCACCCCCUUACAGACCACGAAGGAACGCUUUUGAAAUUUCUACUGAAGGGCAUUCCGGACCUAGCAAUAGGGACCGAAUGGGCCACCGAGGAGCCCGUUUUCAUAACCCUCGGAACCCAGCAUUCACUGCCAUGGGCGCUUCUGUGCCGGGAUAUUGCCAGCCUAUCACUACUGUGACCGCUUCCGCUUCAGUGACAGUGGCCGUGCACCCUCCCCCUGUGCAUGGCCGGAACCCUCGGGGAGGAAGCUGCCCAUCCUACGAGGGGUACCACGAAACUGACCACGGGGUGUUCGAGGACCCCCACGUACCUUUUAAUGUAAGGUGUGAGAGGAGGAACUCUAAAAUAGAAGUCAUAGAGUUGCAAGAUGUUGAGUGUGAAGAAAGGACAAGAGGAAACAGCUCCAACUAAGGGUGAAGAAAAACUGAAGCAAAGAGGCCAAAGAUGGGGAACCCCCCCCCCUCUUUCCAGAACUGCUUGAAGAGAACUACUUGGAGUUAUGGAAAAGGAUGUGCUGCAUCAGGAUGACAGUUCACUGUUACUGUAACCUAUUGUAUUAUUUUGUGAAAUAUUUCUAUAAAUAUUUAAAAGGUGUACACAUAUGUAAUAUACAAAGGAACAAUGUAAUUAGUAUAAUCUGGAGUUUCUCGGCUCCUGCUAAUAGAGCAGGGGUGGCUCUUUGGGUGCCCCCUGCUCAUUUUGUAUAUUGACCUCUGUGCCACAAAUGAAACUUAAUUUACUCUUAAAUUUCAGCAUUAUGUUGCUGCUGCUUAAAUAUUGUAUAAUUUACUUGUAUAAUUCUAUGCAAAUAUUGCUUAUGUAAUAGGAUUAUUUUGUAAAGGUAUUUGUUUAAAAUAUUUUUAAUUUGCAUAUCACAACCCUGUGGUAGUAUGAAAUGUUACUGUUAACUUUCAAACACGCUAUGCGUGAUAAUUUUUGUUUUAAUGAGCAGAUAUGAAGAAAAGUCUUGGUGGCUUCUCUAGGGUUAGUUGUGUUCAGUUCUCUUUGUUUUUGCAAUGUGUGUAAACUGUAUGUAUGUGUGUGUGUGUUUUCUUAAUGUACUGUAGCAGUUUUCUUUGAUUGUUUUUCUUUUUUAACUAUAUUAUAACCCUUAGUGGGAUUAUUAACCCCAACAUGCUGGAAGAGUCAGGAUUUCUUUAUUGCUAAACCCUGGUGGAAAAUGCACUAGCUUUAACAGCAGGAUCCACCAGUGGCCACAUCUUUAAAUGGUAGAGGGGAAGCUGUGGUCUCUGUAGUCCAUAUUAUUAUCUUUUCAAACCAAUGACCGUCUUUUACCCCUCAGCAGCAAGGUAAAUGUUAUUCUGUAUGGGUAGCGAUUGCCGAAAUUGGAUCCCAGUGUACCUCCCUGUAUGCUGAUCACUUCUUUUGAAUCCUGAAAUGGCAUUAAGGAAUCGAAUAACAAUCUGACAGUGAACCACAGCUGGGUCAUGAGAAUGGGGAGGAUUGAUACUGUACACCUUAUGCCUUAAUUGACAGAAUCAGUGUCUGUCCCCCAUUACAGGUAACACCAAAUACACCUUGAGGAAUGGGUUGGGAGGCUUGGAAAUGCUACUUGUAAAACCUGUCCUUCUGGGGACCAAGUUCUCUGCUAUAUAUCUCGUGCGAUAAGCUUCUCGUGAAGACGCUAAACCGAGAAGGGAUGAAGAUUUUGCCUAGAUAUACUUCACUUCCUACCCUUUGACCUCUUUCUCUCCUCCUGAAUUCAGUGGUCUAAUUGGAACAAUUCCCUGGGUCUAUUUGUAUCUUUUAAAAAAAAAUACAUAGGAAGUUUCCUAGCUAGAAAGGCAUGAUGGAGGGAGGUGGGGAACAGGGGACACCACAGCUGUUGGUCUUAAGGAUCCUAGAUGGGUAGCAUGACAUGCAAGUAGGGGAAGGGAGUGGUUAAUGAUGGGGAAAUAUUGCCUUCAGUUCUAUUUUUUUUCCUCCCUCUACUAUUUACUGUUCUUUGUGCUGUGAAGUUUUCAGAGGAGCAAGAAGUUUUGUAACAUACAUAAUACAGAGCUUCCUGCUGGAAAGUGCCCUCUUCAGGACUUGUAGUUUUUGGAGGGGACAAUGGCAGAUCUUUCCAAACCAGGCAUUAUUUUUUAAGAGAUCUGCUCCCCUAGUGGUGAGAAUAUCUUCAAUUUAGGUCUUUGACUCCCUCAUCUCCUAUCCAGGGACCAAUGAUGGUCAGGGAAGCAAUUCAUGCCCAGCUCUGCCUUUCCUUCCACACCAGUCACUUGUUUACAGAUAAUUUGCGUGGGAAUUCAAGGUCAAGGUCCUGACCUCAUUCUGGCAGUACCUUAAGCUACUGGUAGAAACACACUAAGGGUUAAUCUCACAACUGCCUACUGUUCCAGCUGUCUUAAAUCGAAACUCAGCAGAAAGACAACAGGCUUCCAAUGACUAUUAGCACUGUAGUGACCUCAGAUUUUUUUUUUAACUCUAUAACAAAACUGUACGAUACUAGUUGGAAGCCACCUACCACUGCCAAAUGUGUGUGUUAGUGUGUCAGAGGCCCCGAUGGCUUCCCACUGUUACUGUUAUGGUGCCUAUCUGUCAGCCACAGCCCUCUCUCCUUGUCCACGUCCAACCAGCUCACCUCUGCUUGCUAUUUAAUUUCCUGGGUGGAGAAGGAUGACCAGGCAAGAGUCCUGAGUUCGGUGUGUUCUCUUCCAAUUCUCACUGUCUUCAUAAUCUCAUUGUGUUUUCCUUGCCCCAUCUACACCCCGGCAUGUUUGGUGUAUGAGUGUUUGUGCUAUCUACUGCUUUCUGCAGAGCUUAGAUCUUUUUCUCCAAUAGUCACAUUGGCAAAGGGAGAACUCAGUGGCUGGCAAUUAUGUGUUUUGUUUGUUUGUUUGUUUAGAUGUUAAAAUUUUUUUCAUCUUUGGUGAUAUUUAUAUUUUUGUAUCAUAAGAAUGUUUUCCUACAGUAUUUGUCAUGCCAGUUUAUAACAAAAAAUGCAGGGAUUUUAUUUCUAUUGGAAACAUAAUUACAGCUAUGUUUUUCUUUUGAAUGGAUUUUUAUUUGUAUAGAGUGCUUACUAAUGUUAAAUAGGACAGAGUAUAUAACAUUUACAUUAAGGACUCAUUUGUAGCUUUUAGUGUAAGGAGUUAAAAGAAAAAAUAUUCAAACUGGGUCUCAUUGUCUGCCUAUUUUGGCAGAAAUGAGUUUGUGUCAUUUCAAUUACAAAGAUAAAAGUAUGCCAUAUAAUUUAUUUAUAUGAAAAUUUAUUUUUGUAGUGUACAUAGUAGUCAUCAAGUCUUUUGACAGAAGUAUAUUUUUAAAGAGUUUAUAUGUAAUGAAACCAUAAUGUUUUGGAACUUUGCUGAGACAUGAGUAUGGUGCACACUUUUCAUUGUAAAAGGCAUUGAGGAAAAGAAAACUUUUAACAGUGUUAAGAGAGUGAGAAUGAAUAUUCAUGCAAUUGUGAACUGUUUUAGUUACCAUUUGUGAUCUAGUGUGGUUCUCAUUUUAAACCUUGAAAGUGGAAAUGUACAAACUCUCUAAAUAUUAAUGUUAAAACACUGAUAGAAAUUCUAACAUGAAUAAAAAUAUUAUAACUUAUUGGUUA